CUUUGCUGUCUGCCUGGAGCGCAUGGCUGGGGGUGCCAUGUGGGUGCUGGCCCUCGCCUAGGCAGCGGGGCAGGACAGCAGCGAUCAUCGCAGAGCUUAGCGGGUCUGACCCCGCUGCGUCAUGGCUGCCUCUCUGAGCCGGCUGUCCCACAUCGCCUUCCAUGUCCCCGCCGGGACGGGCUUGGUCAGCGACCUGGUAGGCAAGUUCCGCUUUCACCUGUUUGCGGAGCGGGUGACGGCGUGCGCCCGGCAGCUGGCUCUCCGCAAAGGAGCCGCUGUCUUCCUCGUCAAUGAGAGACUGGGGGAGGCCCCCCCGGCCCACGUGUUCCCGUUCGACCCCACGCAGCCCGCACUGGCUCAGCGGCCCCUGCUGGGCCACAGCGACGAGGAAUUCCUCUACGACAUCGGUUCCUCACACCUCGUGGGCACGGCCUCCAACGUGUGCUUCGAGGUGCAGGACGUAUGCAGCAUCUCCCGACGCCUCCAGGAGCGGGGCUGCCCCCUGGCGAUCCCGCCCACUGACGUGACAGACGACGGCGGCUCCGUCACCUACUGCGUGGUGAGAUCCGUCGUGGGGAACGUCAGCCACACCCUGCUGGAUCGCUCCCGCUACCAGGGGGCCUUCCUGCCUGGCUUCCGCACCGUGGGGGACGUCCCCGAGGGGCCGCAGGACCCGGCCGAGGCCACGCACUUCGACCACGUUACCUACGCCUGUUCGCGGGGCAGUACCCGGGCCGUGCUGGACUGGUACCAGCACUGCUUCGGCUUCCAGCGCUUCAUCGUGAACAGGCAGGAGGACGCGGCUGAGGGCUACCGGAUCCGCGGGCAUGGCGUGGGACUGCGGCUCACCGCCAUGCAGUACGGGAAGGGCAGCGAGCCGGGACUGGCAGACGACUGCAAGUUCGUCCUGGCCGAGUCCCUGCCAGAGCCAGGGAAGAACCAGGUGGACGCCUUCCUGGAGCAGCACGGCGGAGCUGGGAUCCAGCACGUCGGGCUCUACACCAGGGACAUCGUCUCCACGGCCCGGGCCCUGGCACAGGCCGGCGUGCGGUUCGUCGAGCCCCCCCAGGCCUACUACAGCGAGGCGGGCAAAGCAGAGGAGAUCCGGGCAGCUGGGCUGGACCCCCGGCUCCUCUCUCAGCACGGCAUCCUGCUGGACGCCGAGCUGGCUGAGGACAGGGAGGGAGGUGGCAGGGGCUCCAGCCCGCACCAGCGGAGGUACCUGAUGCAAAUCUUCACCAAGCCCAUCUUCCCUGAGGAGACCUUCUUCCUGGAGCUGAUUGAGCGUCGGGGGGCUGCAGGCUUCGGGGAGGGCAACAUCCGGGCCCUGUGGAAAUCCGUGCAGGCCUAUCUGGACAAGCAGAAGUAGAGAAGCCCCUCCCGGCUGCCUCGCCUUCUCCCCGGUGGGCUGUCACAUGGCGGGGCCAUCCUCGCCUGUUGGGGAACAACGGGAGGCCAACGGCUGGCUGCCUGGCGAGCUGCACUGAAGGACUAGUGGUGGCCGCAGCGCUCCAUCCCCAGGUGAUGGCCCUGCCCAGGCGGGAGGGAGGGAUGAGGCAGAGCCAGACCAGCUGUUCGGUCAGAGACGGGGAAGUUGAAAGCUACUUAAAAGCUCCCUGGGACGCGCCGUCUGCCUUGAUGGGUGGGAUUCAUGGGGUAGUUCCCACCCCAGAGACAAACCCUGCCCCCUCCCCCAGCCCCGCUCUGCUAACCCUCGCCCCGGCGCGGCUGGAUUGGCUAAUUCUGAGUUCCUGCUCCCUGGGCCAGGAGCUGGAUUUACGGCCAACGUUCAGCCUGCAGCUUUGGACCCCACAAGCUCUAUGGGCGGAUUUAGGGAUCGUGUGGGGAUCCCCGGGGUGGAAGGUGGCAGCCAUUUGGCAGCGCGGGUAGCAGAGUCAAAUGGGAAUGACCGGGGGGGGGGCAUCCCUGAGAGCAGAUAUCCCGGCUGGCCUGAGAACUGGCUCUGCAUUGAUCUCAGCACUAUUCAUGUCUGUAACCCUUCGCUGUGAGGGGCUGGCUGCUGGAGAGCCCACGUCCUGUCUGCUCCACCCUCUUCCCCUCCAGGGCAGGACAGUUCCCCCUCCCCACUCGCUCCCCUUGGCCCUUCUCACUUUGCACCGAGUGGCUCCGCAGGGAUUUCGCUCUCCCAAGGCAGCUGGCUAGGAAUCCUCUCCCUUUCCCCGCACGCCCCGGGCCGGGCGCGCGAGUGGGGCGUCCUCACCGGGGCCGGCGCGUGGGCUCUCCCUGCAGCCAGGCAGUUAAUGCCACAGGCACUCACCUCCCCGUGCCCCUCGUGAAUGAACUGUUCCCACGUUCUUGUUCCGUUCAUGGUUUUCGGUUCGGUUUACAAGAAUCUCCCCCAGGCUGGGUUUCGCUCACGCUCCUGCCGCGAGUGGAUUCUCGCUUACGGGGCGAGUGUCGUAUUGUUCACUUGAAUUUAGUCAUUAAACUGAGAACUGAU